AUGUCGCUCGCGCAGCACGUCACCCAAGCCGAAGGCUUCGACUACGAACGUCCUGCAGAACAGCCCGACCAAUCCGGUGAUAGCGAGGCCGUCUUCGGCACACUCCAACCCUUGUCGACUGACAGCCUCGUCAACAACAAUGAUCCGCAAUGGCGACGCUUGAGCUUUGCACCUGUUGAGCAGACUCACGUCGAAAAGCCCAUUGCAGCAUACAAAGUCUCCAACGCAAAGAGAUGGGCACAGGUGGCCACUGGCAUCGUCGCGUGUUGGCUAGCUGCAGGCAUCGUCUUCGGCUUUGCUGCCCUCAAGCCCAUUCUGAUUGCCGAAGGAGUCUACAGCGACCUUUGCGAUGCCAACGACCUAAUUACUGCCGAUGACGGCGAGUAUAUUCCCUGCACGGAGCAGGACUUGCGCCUCAAUCUCUUCUUUGUCGUCGCAUCUGUCACAGCCAACGUGUCGUCUCUUCUGGCUGGUUCAGUUCUUGAUCGCUACGGUCGACGGACCUGCUGGAUCCUAUCCUCCAUCUGCCUCACCAUUGGCUGCGUUCUGAUGGCCGCCUCCCACAACUUUGAAGGCUACUUCGAUGGUUACUUCCUCGGCAACAUCUUCCUGGCUUUGGGCGGAACAUUUGUUUUCGUUUCCAGCUUUCAGUUGGCAAACGCAUUCCCAAAGUAUAGUGGGCUCAUCAUUGCCCUUGUCACCGGAGCUUUUGACGCGUCCGCUGCCGUCUUCCUCAUCUAUCAGAUGGUGUAUGACGCGACUAACGGACAGCUUUCCCUCGAAAAGUUCUUCUACGCAUAUAUUGCCAUCCCCGUCCUCAUCUUGAUUACUGAGAUUGCCUACAUGCCAGCCCGAUCUUAUCAUACCAUGCCGCAAUUGGAAGAGAAAAUUGAGAAGGCACAGGAUGAAACACGCGAUACCCACGACUCGGAUAACGAGAUUUCCGACGACAGAGCGCUGAGGAAGGUCCGAAGCGCCAGGGCCGAGCGGCGACUGUCGAAGUUGGACCAGAUUGAAGAGGUCGCCGGCGAUGCACAAGCUCGCGAGGAGCGCGUCAAAGUCAAUGAGGAGCGACAAGAGGCGAGUGGUGUAUGGGGUGUACUUCACGGUGUCCCUGCCCACAAGCAGAUUCAGAGUCCAUGGUUCAUUCUCAUUCUCCUUUUGACUAUCGUGCAGAUGUUGAGAAUGAACUACUUCAUCGCAACCAUCCGCGCUCAAUACCGCUUCAUGCUGGGCUCUGAAAUUGAAGCCGAUGCAAUCAAUCACUUCUUCGACAUCGCUCUGCCUGUUGGAGGACUGGUGUCAACUCCGUUUAUCGGAUUUCUCCUCAAUAAUCUUAGCGUGCCCACAACAUUUGGGGUCUUGACUGUUCUCAUUGUGGCGAUCGGUCUUCUCAAUUGCCUUCCCUUCGUAUGGGCGGGCUAUGCGACUGUUGUCUUCUUCGUCGUAUUUCGACCUCUCUACUACUCGGCUAUUUCCGACUACGCAACGAAGGUUUUCGGCUUCGCUACCUUCGGUCGCAUCUAUGGCACCAUCGUAUGCGUUUCUGGGUUGAUCAAUUUCUCUCAAUCUGGCCUCGAUGCCCUCACUCAUGGCCCAUUGGGUGGCGAUCCAACUCCCGUCAACAUUACUCUUGGCGCUGCAGGCACUGUAGUCGGUCUCAUUCUGACCGUGUUUGUGGCCAUUAAGGGACGGACUUUUGUGAAGGAGGAAAAGCCUGCCUUGGAUGCGAUGGAGGAGAGGCAAAGAUUGCUGUCAACUGCGGGACAAGAUUAUGGAACUCGGGAAUAA